AUGCCGCUGAACCGGCAUACCCCAGCAAUGACUACCCAGACUCACUCUCCUUCAACCGGGGGAAACAAUGACGUAUCUGGGUAUAGAGAACCGUGGGUGAACUCGCCCACAGAAACACUUCUGCGGAAACAUUCCGAUCUCGGUCCAUGCUGCAGCGACCGUCAAUUCGCGCGGCAGGAGCAUAUUCAAAUUGCAACACUACGCGGGUGGCUCAAACGAAAACAUGAGUACCUGGAGUCAGUAAAACGGGGCAGCAACACGACUCUGUACGGACAUGGCCAACUGGAGUCCGUCAGCUAUGGCGCCGACCUCGUCAAAUUCAUGGAUAGCGUCCGUGACAUUGAAAAGUUCUUGACCACUGCACACGUCGUCACAUGGUUCAAGACACACCAACAGCCAUGGCUGGUUGCCUACCUCGACGGCAAGCCUGACCAGGUUCGAGCGUACAAAGCGGGUACCAUGUGCGUCAAAGAAUUCGCAGGCCGAGCUCCGCGCAAGGCGUGUCGAGUACGCCAAGUCGUUCUGGCCAAAGUAACCGCCUAUGACCCCGCCAACAUCAUCAACAUCGACGAAACGGGUGUACAUUACGACAUGCCUCCACGGCGCACAUGGGCUCGGAUCGGCGAGUCCUCCAAGGUGUUCGAGCUGACGGUAUUAUAA